AUGUCGGCGUCGGGUGAAGCUUCUUCAGCCCCUAAUACUGUUGUUAAGAGUAAUGACCCGGGUUGGAAGCACUGUGUGGCUGUCGGACCGGGCACGAACAAAGUAAAGUGCCUAUAUUGCGGCAAGGUUAUGAAUUUCGGCAUCACUAGAGGGAAGGAGCACUUAAUUGGAAAGAGGGGCAAGGUGGCACCGUGUAAGCAAGCCCCACCAAGUGUUCGAACGGAGUUGUUGGAGUAUUAUCAAGCUAAAGAGAAUGAAAAGAAAGGAACCAAUCCAAAAGACAUUGAUCUUGGAUUUGGAUUCGAUGAUGAGGAGGAUGAAUCUGCAACUCAAACUCCUUCUGCUCGUUCUUGUGGAACCUCUCAACCUAUAAAGAAAGGUUCUAUCGAGAUGUUUUUGACGAAGACAACAAGUUCAAAGGACAAGGGGAAGCAAACAAACAUAAGAGGGGCAAUUGACAAAGAAGCUGUGGCUCGAGUCCAUCAAUACAUAGCCCGUUUUUGGUACCAAGCCGGCCUAUCAUUCAACUUGGUUAAGUUGGAUGCCUUUCAAAAUAUGAUUGAAGCAAUUGGUGCUUUCGGAAGAAACUUGCCUGCUCCUAGUUAUCACAGCAUAAGGGUUCCACUCUUAAACAAAGAGUUGGAAUAUACUAACAAUUUGCUGGAGAAGAAUAAAGAAGAAUGGGGAAGACAUGGUUGUUCCAUUAUGUCAGAUGGAUGGACAGAUAGGAAGCAAAGGACUAUAAUUAACUUCUCAGUUAAUUCACCUUCCGGGACAGUGUUUGUGAAGUCAAUUGAUGGUUCUGCCUUUGUGAAGACGGGGGAUAAAUUAUUUGAGUUGCUUGAUGAGUUGGUUGAAGAAAUUGGGGAAGAGAAUGUUGUCCAAGUAUUGACAGAUAAUGGAAGCAACUAUGUGGCUGCCGGCAAGAUGUUAAUGGAGAAGAGGCGUCAUCUGUACUGGACUCCUUGUGCAGCCCACUGUAUUGAUUUGAUGCUUGAAGAUAUCGGCAAGCUUCCUCAAAUAAAGACCACCAUUCAAAGAGGAGUGAAGUUUGUUGGUUUCAUCUACAAUCACACUAGUACCUUGAGUUUGUUGAGGAGAUUCACAAACAAAAGGGAAUUGGUGAGGCCUGCAGUGACUAGAUUUGCCACAUCCUUUCUAUCAUUAGAAAGGAUUCACAAAGAAAAAACGAAUCUAAGAAAGAUGUUCACUUCUGAAGAAUGGACACAAAAUAAGUUGUCUAAGGAAGCUAAGGGGAAGCAGGCAACAAAAAUUGCACUCAUGCCUUCGUUUUGGAAGAAUAUUGUGUAUACUCUCAAGGUUAUGGCUCCUCUUGUACGAGUCCUUCGACUCGUUGAUGGUGAAAAGAAACCGGCAAUGGGGUACAUUUAUGAAGCAAUGGAGAAGGCGAAAGAAGCAAUAGCAAAGUCUUUUCAAAACAAUGAAAGUCGAUACAAAGAAGUGUUUGCCAUCAUUGAUAAUAGGUGGGACUGCCAACUCCAUAGGCCUUUGCAUGCAGCCGUUGGAAUUUGA